AGGGAGGGAGGGAGAGCGCCAGGGUGGGCUAUACGUAGCCUGCCGAGGGAAAAUUUCCAGCUCGCGCCAGACGUAUAUAAGCGAGCCUUGGGGAGUUGGCCCGCCAGUUCUUGCGAUGACGGGUUGUCGUAAGGUUGUUUGGAGGCCGGGAGUGGCAGCGGCGGCGGCGGCGGUGGUGGUGGUGGUGAUGUGUGGAGUGCCAGGGACGCGAGCGGCGAUCUCCGACAGAGGCAUAGAGGGCACCAACACCAAUGAAAACGAGGCCAUCAAUUUCCUUCUCCGCUACGACGGGGAGGCGAGUGACAUGUGCAACCGCUUCAUGGAGGCCUCCUGGAACUUCAACACGAAUGUCACCGACGCCAACCGACAGAAAAUGCUGGACCAACAGAUAGAGUGGGCCAGGUUCCAUCGCAACAAGUGGACGGAGGCAACGAGAUACGCCUGGAAGAACUUCACCAACGAAAACGUGAAGAGGAUGUUCUCGUUCGUCACCGUCCUGGGCAAGGUGGCGCUUCCCAAGGACAAGAUGAAGGAGCUGAUGGAACUUCUGCAGGACAUGAAGACGAGCUACUCCACGGCCAAGAUCUGCAGGUACGACCCGAGGCUGCGGACACUCUCAGGCGGCGACUACGAUUACUACGGCGACUUCGAGGCCACGGGGAGCGAGAACGAGAUCCCGUGCAUCCCUGUCCUGAGCCUGGAGCCUGAGCUAACCAACAUCAUGGCCAGCUCCCGGGACCCCGCCGAGCUGCGGUACGUGUGGCGGGCGUGGCGCGAGGUGGCCGGCAAACCUCUGCGUCAACAGUACCUCCGCUACGUCGAGCUGGCGAACGAGGCGGCCAGGCUGAACGGCUUCAACGACGCCGGAGAGUUCUGGAGGAGCGACUACGAGAUCGACGACUUCAGCGAGCAACUGGACCUUCUGUGGGAGCAGCUGCGGCCCUUGUACCAGCAGCUCCACUCCUACGUCAGGGCGAGGCUGGUGGAGCGCUACGGGGAGGAGGUAGUGCCCACGAACGGCCCCAUCCCGGCACACCUCCUCGGUAACAUGUGGGCACAGACCUGGACCAACAUCUUCAACUUCACCAUCCCUUACCCGGGCCGCACCAACAUCGACGUCACCAACACUCUGCGGGCCCAAGGUUACCGCCCGAUCGACAUGUUCCGCCUGGCCGAGGAGUUUUUCACAUCGCUAGGACUCGAACCCAUGCCCAUCUCGUUCUGGCAGCGGUCGAUGUUUGAGAAGCCGACGGACAGGGAGGUGGUGUGUCACGCCUCCGCCUGGGACUUCUGUAACGGGUUUGAUUACAGAAUCAAGCAGUGCACGGAGGUCAACAUGGAGCACCUCUUCACCACGCACCACGAGAUGGGUCACAUUCAGUACGACCUCCAGUACCGCAACCAGCCCUUCAUCUUCAGGGACGGCGCCAACCCGGGCUUUCAUGAGGCUGUGGGGGACGUGAUGGCGCUCUCCGCAUCCACCCCGCGCCACCUGCAAUCCAUCAACCUCCUCACCAACGUGGACGAGACCUUCGAGACCGAUAUCAACUACCUGUACGCGAUGGCCCUCGACAAGAUAGCCUUCCUGCCCUUCGGAUACUUGAUGGACAAAUGGCGAUGGGAGGUGUUCAGCGGACAGACCACCUCCUCCAACCUCAACGCCCGCUGGUGGGACAUGCGGCUCUCCAUUCAAGGGGUGGCGCCGCCCGUACCCAGGAGCGAGGAGGACUUCGACCCCGGCGCCAAGUUCCACAUCCCCGGCAAUGUGCCCUACGUCAGGUACUUCGUGAGCUUCAUCAUCCAGUUCCAGUUCCACGCCGAGCUGUGCAAGGCGGCGGGGCACGAGGGACCACUUCACCGCUGCGAUAUCUACCGCUCCCGCACGGCCGGCAGACUGCUCAAAGACGUGUUGUCCCUGGGCAAGUCGCGGCCAUGGACGGAGGCACUGCAGCGCCUGACGAGUGGCAAGACCAACAAGCUGGACGCCCAGCCCAUCCUGGAGUACUUCGCGCCGCUACAGUCGUGGCUCGAGUCAGAAAACCGAGGACAACUCAUCGGCUGGAGGGAGAGCGAGGCCAUCGUGCAGCCCUUCACCACCACCAACGUCUCCAUGAUCACGGGCGUCAUCCUCGCCUGCAUCGCCGUGCUGCUGCUGCUGGUGCUCAUCUUCGUCGUCGUCAGGAGAAUCACGCGGUCGGGCAAGAUCAAAACCCCCACUCAGGGCACAUGAGGCAACGCCGCCGACACCACGGCCGAGGAAAGGAUCACCGAGGAGGAUUUAGGGACUAUCUAGACCGCCCGUGUGUGGCUCGUAGUUUGUGUUCUUCGUCAGUAACGACUCCCGUGUACAAGCUUGUCCUCUGAUCACUACGUGUAUUACUCCUUCACCAUAACUUGAUGAUAAUAAAGUGAUAGAAUAACAGGAAAGAAGAGAGCGUGCGAAAACGUGUGUGAAUGAAUGCUUCCCCCGUGGUGGACUGGAUCACACUGGCGGGGUCAACGAGUGUGGGGUUAGCUGCUGUCCGUCUCGAUCUUUGGUUGGUUCGGAGCAGUGUCGAACUUCCCCGAACCGAAUUACAGCAUUUUCUUUGUUUGUUUGUUUGGCAGAGACACAUAGGUUACCUGCUUGAAAUUAAUCGAUGAUGACACUGUGUUUAUGUAUCUGCAAAGCGUUUUCUCACAUUUGUGUUCAAACGUACGAGAACUUUUCCUUAAUUACCCACUUAAUUACCCACUUACACCCAUUUGUUACCACUUUUUUUCUUUUUUUGGGGGGAGGGGAAAGAGGGUUAACUAUUUCUUUGAUUCUCUCUCAGCGUUUUCCUCGGAUUUCAAGGUCGUCGGCAUGUGAUUAUCUUCCCAUGUGUGUGUGCGUGAGAGAGAGAGAGAGAGAGAGAGAGAGAGAGAGAGAGAGAGAGAGAGAGAGAGAGAGUUAUAUUAAUAUUAUGGCAUACUAUUUUUUUAUGAUAGAAGAGACGUUAUUAAUUAAGUCCUAUAUGUUCUUAGCAGAGAGAGAGAGAGAGAGAGAGAGAGAGAGAGAGAGAGAGAGAGAGAGAUCCUUGUAGCAGUACCUGAACCAAUCGAAGUAUGGAUCGAUGAAUGAAGAACUUAACCCAUAAACCCAACCUUCCUUUGAAUCAUAUAUACAAAAACUGCUGCAGCGAGUCAGGACCAGAGAUGCUUUAAUUGUCUUGUAUGUGUGUGUGUUUGAACAAUAAACCUGCAUAAAGUUCA